UUAUUUCAUCACAAAGUGGGACUAUACUUGAAUAAAAAAGUGAGAACUGGAAGAAAUAUAUAUAUAAGAACAGCCACCAAUCUCUCUCCCCCCACCCUCACCAUCCCAAGUCCAAACCAAAGCCUUCGCUCGCCCGUUCCAGUCUCAUCUCUCUCACCACCACCAACUCUUUGAUUGCAUGGCUUGCUUGGGCCUUAAGAACCAACUCCUUCCCUCCAAGAAGGUGUGGAACAACUUCACCUCCAAAGUUCAAUCCAAACUGUCGAAACUCAAGCGGUCCAAGGCCCUCAGACACGCAAAGGCGCGCCUGAUCAACUCCAUCUUUCACUCCUCUAGUCGGUCAUCUUACCACCUUCGACGCAAGAAACGCCGCACUCGGCGGCUACACCACCAUCGGUACUUCGCACCGGUCUAUGUUGAUGAGCUAUACGACCAGCCCAUGCCGGUGCAUGCCGAGUGCGUGGAGGCAUCUCCUGAGGCCAAGGGAGAGAAGGCAUUGGAGAAAAGUGCAAAGAGUGAUCAGUUUGGGGUUAUGUGUGGAGGAGCCGCUGCUGCUGCUGCUGCUUCUUCGUGUGAACCUUCUUUGAGUGUGGUGGCAGGGAUGGAAGAUGUGGACUUGAGAGCAGAGAUGUUUAUAAGGAAGUUUAAAGAGGAGAUGAGGCUUCAGAGACAGCGGUCGUUUGGGGAGUAUCAAGAGAUGCUGGCGCGAGGAGUAUAAGUCCCCCGCGUGAGCUUUGAGUUGAUGGGUUCUGUCGUUUCUUCGAGUCAUCCUUCAGUUUUCUUCUUUCAUGUAUAUGGUCGGUCUGAAGAAUGACUGUGUGUGGAAUUUAUAUGGUCUGGAAAUUUGUAGGGGCAAUUAGAAACAACAGAUUAAUACAUUUCUCAAUCUAUAGUGUUUUGUUUUA